AGAGAGGGCAGCGCCAGCCCAUCCACCUACUAUCAAGCUGUACCAUUCUCCACCUCUGCCCCAGCCACUCCCUUAACUUGAUAUCUGUUUACUCAAGAGGGAGCGGAUUUUGAGAAGCAGUCAUAAAUAUCCUGGCUCAAUGCCUUAGCAGCCAUAAGAAGGGAACGUACUUGCCUGAAGAUAACGUUUGGGAUAUUUAAAGCUGCAGGCACACGGAUCUCUGCAGGCAAAAUCCCUCAGAGCCUUCGCAGGACAGCCUGGUAACGACUGGUUCGUCCUACUGUAACUGGGUGGCUGCCCCUUCUCCGAAAUGGCAGGUGUCAGUGGCUGUUUAAAGUAUUCGAUGUUUUUCUUCAACUUCUUGUUCUGGGUAUGUGGUACACUGAUCCUGGGUCUAGCCAUAUGGUUGAGAGUAAGCAAAGACGGCAAAGAGAUUAUCACAUCCGGUGACAAUGGCACGAACCCCUUCAUUGCUGUGAAUAUCUUGAUUGCAGUUGGGUCCAUCAUCAUGGUUCUGGGUUUCCUGGGAUGCUGCGGAGCUGUGAAAGAAAGUCGCUGCAUGCUUCUCUUGUUUUUUAUCGGCUUGCUCCUGAUUCUGCUUCUGCAAGUAGCCGCAGGUAUCCUAGGAGCUACUUUCAAAUCUGAAUCUAGCCGCAUUCUGAAUGAAACGCUCUAUGAAAAUGCCAAGCUUUUGUCAGAAACAAGCAAUGAGGCAAAAGAAGUACAGAAGGCCAUGAUUGCAUUUCAGUCAGAGUUUAAGUGCUGUGGCUUGAGAUUUGGAGCUGCUGACUGGGGAAAAAAUUUUCCAGAUGCGAAAGAGUCAUGCCAAUGUACAGGAUCUGAUUGUGAAAGUUAUAAUGGAGAGAAUGUCUAUCGAACGACCUGUCUUUCUCUGAUAAAAGAGCUGGUUGAAAAAAACAUUAUUAUUGUCAUUGGAAUUGCCUUUGGACUGGCAGUUAUCGAGAUUCUUGGUUUGGUGUUUUCUAUGGUGCUCUACUGCCAAAUUGGAAGCAAAUGAAUCUGCGGACUUCCUCAGUCGUUAUAGACACCAUUUAAGUUUUUGCUUUGGCUUCGUAACUUUAAAUACUCGAGUACUGUACAUACCAGGAGCAGAUGUCUUCUUGAUGAGCUCUCACUUAGGCAGACUACAGGUAUCUUCACAUGUACUCAGCUCAUUUAACUGUGAAGGACAUAAUAAAAGUGGUCGUGUAUUUUUUUUUCUCACAAUAAAAAGUGUUCGUGCUGA